AAGCCGUUGUGAACUUGACCUUGCGGAUUUUUCUCUGUGUGGUUUUUUUAGGAGGAACAUCAUCUGAAGUGGGAGUUCCCAGGCCUGUAUGACACUGUCUAGGUGGGUCUCAGGUGCCCAGUCCUGGCAGAAAUGCCAGGAGCCAUUUGUAGCACCCUUGCCUGCCCGGUAGCUGGCCAGAGGCAAAGCCGCUGGACACUGGGAGCAGGGGCCAGGCUGGGUCUGCCUGGCCUUUGAUUCUCUGCGAUUCUGUUUCCUGCAGGCCUCCAUCUGCUCAGAGCACUAGCUGGAGCAGCCAUGACUCGAUGGACAUCCCUCCAGGCCUCCAGGCCACACAAACCUGCCCCCUGUGAUCUGGCGGCCCCCCGCCGGCGUCUGAGUGCCCCGACCCUGGCCGCCUCCCCCUGGAGGGUCCGGGAAUCUGGGGCUGAAUCAUCUCUCCAGAACAGCCCCGGGGCUCCCCACCCCUGCCGAGUCCCCUCCUCCUGGCCCAGGCAGAAGGAGUGGCUACCAGUGUGGCCUCAGGCCUCAGCUCCUCAGACCCAGGGAGCCCUCCCACCUGGAGGCAGCCGGGGGGCGGGUCAGGGCCCCCCGAACCCCGGGAUGACCGCGGCCAGCCGGGCCAACCCCUACAGCAUCGUGUCGUCGGAGGAGGACGGUCUGCACCUGGUCACCAUGUCGGGCGCCAACGGCUUCGGCAACGGCAAGGUCCACACGCGGCGCCGGUGCCGCAACCGCUUUGUCAAGAAGAACGGCCAGUGCAACAUCGAGUUCGCCAACAUGGACGAGAAGUCGCAGCGCUACCUGGCGGACAUGUUCACCACCUGCGUGGACAUCCGCUGGCGCUACAUGCUGCUCAUCUUCUCGCUGGCCUUCCUGGCUUCCUGGCUGCUCUUUGGCGUCAUCUUCUGGGUCAUCGCGGUGGCCCACGGCGACCUGGAGCCGGCCGAGGGCCGGGGCCGCACCCCGUGCGUGCUGCAGGUGCACGGCUUCAUGGCGGCCUUCCUCUUCUCCAUCGAGACUCAGACCACCAUCGGCUACGGGCUGCGCUGUGUGACCGAGGAGUGCCCCGUGGCCGUCUUCAUGGUGGUGGCCCAGUCCAUCGUGGGCUGCAUCAUCGACUCCUUCAUGAUCGGUGCCAUCAUGGCCAAGAUGGCGCGUCCCAAGAAGCGGGCGCAGACGCUGCUGUUCAGCCACAAUGCCGUGGUGGCCCUGCGCGACGGCAAGCUCUGCCUCAUGUGGCGGGUGGGCAACCUCCGCAAGAGUCACAUCGUGGAGGCCCACGUGCGGGCGCAGCUCAUCAAGCCCCGGGUCACGGAGGAGGGUGAGUACAUCCCGCUGGAUCAGAUCGACAUCGAUGUGGGCUUUGACAAGGGCCUGGACCGCAUCUUCCUGGUGUCGCCCAUCACCAUCCUGCACGAGAUCGACGAGGCCAGCCCGCUGUUCGGCAUCAGCCGGCAGGACCUGGAGACGGACGACUUUGAGAUCGUGGUCAUUCUGGAGGGCAUGGUGGAGGCCACCGCCAUGACCACGCAGGCCCGCAGCUCCUACCUGGCCAACGAGAUCCUGUGGGGCCACCGCUUUGAGCCAGUGCUCUUUGAGGAGAAGAAUCAGUAUAAGAUUGACUACUCCCACUUCCAUAAGACCUACGAGGUGCCCUCCACGCCCCGCUGCAGUGCCAAGGAACUGGUGGAGAACAAGUUCCUCUUGCCCAGCGCCAACUCCUUCUGCUAUGAGAAUGAGCUGGCCUUCCUGAGCCGGGACGAGGAGGACGAGGGGGACGGAGACCAGGACGGCCGCAGUCGAGAUGGUCUGAGCCCCCAGCCCCGGCAUGACUUUGACAGGCUCCAGCCCGGCGGCGGCGGCGGUGCCCUUGAACAGCGGCCCUACAGGAGGGAGUCAGAGAUCUGAGCCACUUUGGGCCUAGGUGCAGCACCCACCCCGCCAGGGAGAGGCCUGGCGUCCUUGGAGCGCUCUGGGUUUUGAGCGGAAUGGGCCAGGUGCCCCGGGUUGCAGACUCAGUAGUGUUUUAGUCGUUUUAUGUUUCUUCGCCGUAGUCUUGGAAGGUUGGCGGGAGAGUGGGCGGCCAGAUUGGCCAGCCCCCAGCCUCAGAGGCUGACCAGGCACAGACAGGGCAAGGAGGUGGUCUCCUACGGGGAGUAGCGGGGGUGCCUGGCCUUAAGAGCCAGGUCCUCUGCCUGAAGAUGGAGCUGGGUAGCCUGCCUAGAAGUGGCUCAGCAGCGGGCCCCACGUCUGUGGUCAAAGGCCGGCAGGCUGCAGUGCACCUUGCUGGUUUUUAACUUGGGGAGAAACACCGGAUUUGGGC